UUUUUUGUUGUUUGUUUUUUUUUUUUUUGUUGGUGUAAUUGCGUUCGCUAACACUUACUGAUAAGUUCCGAUAGUGGUUACCGAUACAUUCGAACUUGCGAAUUUGUGCAAAGAGAGGGAAAAGAGCGCGCAAGCGACACAGAAAAUAGCAAAUUUUAUAGUAAUACAAAUUUGUGUUGGCUAAAUAAAUUUCAACAGACUUUAGGCAAGUCGUAAAUAUGUCAACAUUAGAGUUGUGUGAAAAAUAUUUUGAGACUCGUGAUGUGUACAAAAUAUUGGGACUAGCAAAAGAUGCCGAAGAAAAGGAAAUAAAAAAGGCGUACCAUAAGCUCUCGCUACUGGUGCACCCCGAUCGAGUGCCGGAGGCGCAAAAGGAGGAGUCAACAGAAAAGUUCAAGGUGCUGUCCAAGAUUUACCAAGUGCUAACCGAUAACCAGAAGCGAGCACUUUAUGAUGAGCAGGGUGUACUUGACGACGACGAUGAGAUGUCCAGUGACAAGCUGAACACUUGGCUGGAGUUGUGGAGCAAGAUUUUUAAGCCAAUCUCUGAGGAGGACAUUAGUAACUAUGAGAAGGAAUAUGUGGGCUCAGAGUUGGAACGUACGGACCUAAAGAAAGCUUAUUUGGGAGGCAAAGGCUGCAUCAACCAUAUCAUGAGCCAUGUACCAUUCAUGGGGGUAGAGGACGAACCCCGUUUCAAAGAAAUGAUAAGCAAAAUGAUUGCCGCUGGUGAAGUGCCAGAAUACAAGAUUUUUACAGAAGAGCCAGCAGCUAAACGUAACAAGCGCCACAAGAAAUAUGCCCGUGAGGAGAGGGAAUCAAAAGUGAUAAAGGAGCGUAUAGAGCGUCGUCGUGAGAAAGAUGAUGAGGCGGCGGAGUCGAGCGCAAAUUUGGAAGAGCUUAUAUUGUCGAGAAGAUGCAAUCGCGAGUCCAACUACAAUUCACUUAUGGAUCGUUUGCUUAAGAAAUAUGGAGGCGAUAGCGACGAUAAUUCGCCUACGGUUGACUUCAGUUCCUUCGAUAAAAAAAAGAAGCUUAAGAAAAAGAAGCAAGAAAAGAAGGAAAAAAUUAAUAGCGUUAAGAGUGGUAGGAUUAACAAAUCAAGGUCCUAAGCCUAUACAUAUAUAUAUUAUUAAUUAUUAACUUAGUAGUAUAUUGAUAUCCAAGCCGUACAUAUACGUACUAUAUAUUUAUAUUUGUCUAUUUGAGACUAUGUCGCUCAGCAUAUGAAUUAAUCUAAGCUAAGACUGAGUAAUAAUGGUCCCGAUUUCCCUAAUGAAAUAUAUUAUAUUUAUGUUCAGGAAAAAAGCUACAAAUAAAAGAGUUCUCA